AUCCACUCUCCCAAAAAAAAAAAACCCAACUGUCUAGCAAUACACACCAAACUGAGCAUGUGCAGAGUGUCUACAAACAAUAUGUCUUAUCAUGAGAUAAGAGGGGGGCACUGGAAGAUGGGGAGGACCAGAGAAGACAGGAUCAAACAGCCUUUUUACAUAAUGUGGAGGAUUAGCCCCUUAGAUUCCACAGUGAAUAUAACAAGCAUGCUUCACUGCCAGGGGCGGACUGACAACUCAUGAGGCCCCUGGGCAAUAGGGGAUCAUGGGGCCCCUGUGUCCUUGCCCAAACUCAAAAAAUGCCUAU